GUGAAGAACACCUUCUUGGAUGACGUGCUUCCCGACCACUCGUCAUCGAAUGAAUCCACCCUGACUGGCGAGGCCAUGACGUGCCCCCCGGAGUUCACACGGCGACGCAGCGACGCAUUCUCAAGCAGUUCUGGUAGCCAUGGCGCAGGACAGGAAAGCCUUCCUCCUGAUGUCGAGAUCCCGAGCACAAUGCUGACUAUGUCCACGCCGCCGAUGACCCUGCUGGCUGAUGGGUGGCAGCAGGACUUGGCACGGGACCGCAUGGGCCAGACCCCCGUGGUCGAGCCACUUUGCACGCAGGGCAUCGACGACUUCCGCCGCGCGACACUGGAGACGCAGCAACUGCUGGCAGCCCUCCAG